AUGAACCCCAGACACGAAAUCGAGAGUUUGCAUUACACUCUCUGUGCAGUUCAUUUUCCAAUAGGCGUCCUACCGCCGCCGACCUGCCCCUCCCGACCCCACCCAGCCAGGCUACCAGGUCAGCGCCACCGACACUGUGCCUCUUCGUCGCCCAGACGAGGAGCGCCUAUACCAGCCCCUGCCCAACCGAGGACCCCGCCGCGCCCGCCGCCCGCGCCGCCCCCGGGCCCCACCAGCCCCGCGGCCAGCCCGGACGACGGCCACAUCUACGCCGCCGCCGUGGCCCCGGUGGCGCGCGCGGCGGCCCGCCCGGCGUCCGCGCACAAUCUACGCCGCGGUGGACGCGUCCCCGCGCCGCGCCGGUCGGACGCGCCUCGCCGCAGCACGCCCCUCCCCGCGCCCUCGAAGCUCGCCGCCCGCGGGUCGGACGAGCGCCCUCGACCUCCCGCCAGCGCACACCUCCACGCCUCUUCUCCCCCGCCCCCAGGAGACAGCGCCGCCCACCUCGCAAGGGGCGGCAGUGGCGCGCCCGCCGCCUUUGCACCCAACAACAUCUACGCUACGAUAGACGGCCCCGCAAGCCCCCGCGGCGCCCGGAGCGAGCCCCCGCCGCCAUUGCCUACGUCACGCUGGGCAGCCGAGUCACGCGAGGUCGCCGCUCGACUUCCGAGACCACCACAAGGACGUCGGUCCGGGCCGCCCGACCGUCAUCCGGACGCCCCAACGAGAGUGCUCCCCUUGGUAUGUAUGACUCAGCCCCUUGGUAUGUAUGACUCAGCCCCUUGGUAUGACUCAGCCCCUUGCCCUCGGUAUGACUUAGCCCCUGGGUAUGACUCAGCCCUUGGUAUGACUCAGCCCUUGGUAUGUAUGACUCAGCCCCGGUAUGACUCAGCCCCUGGUAUGACUCAGCCCCUUGGUAUGACUCAGCCCAUGACUCAGCCCCUUGGUAUGACUCAGCCCCUUGGUAUGACAGCCCCUUGGUAUGACUCAGCCCCUGGUAUGACUCAGCCCCUUGGUAUGACUCAGCCCCUUGGUAUGACUCUGACUCAGCCCCUUGGUAUGACUCAGCCCCGGGUAUGA